AAGGGGUCGUCGCGCACGUUGGACCCGUCAAAACUUCCAACGAAAGCUAGCCAUGCCGGCCCGGGGCGUUACGCAAGAGGAAAUGCGACGCGCACCCGACCAUUAAAGCAGCCGUUCCUGGGCGUGCGCCGUGGACUGCCAGAGCUCCUCCCACUGCUAUAGUAGCUUGCGGUCGCCGGCGCAGCAAGAUCGGAGCGGCGAGAUGGCGGGGGCGCAGUCGCAGGCGAUGCUGGAGAAGAUGGAGCUGCGGCAGAGCUACCGCAACGUCUGGCACACCGACCUCACCAACGCCGUCGCCGCGGACCUCCCCUGGUGCUGCCUGUCGCUGUGGUGCGGCCCGUGCGUUUCCUACAUGCUGCGCCGACGCGCCCUGUACAAUGACAUGUCCAGGUACGUGUGCUGCGCUGGGUACAUGCCGUGCAGCGGCAAGUGCGGCGAGAGCCAGUGCCCGGAAGUAUGCCUUGCGACCGAGGUGUUCUGCUGCUUCGGCAACUCGGUUGCUUCCACCCGAUUCCUGCUGCAGGACGAGUUCAACAUCCAGACGACGCAGUGCGACAACUGCAUCAUCGUGCGUAGCAGCUUCCAUUCGAUUCGCCUUCCUGAUGAUUUGAUUUCUGAUGAUAAUCGCAGCAGGCCGGCCUGUCCAUCCAGUGACACUCAUCUUCCCCGUCGAUCGUUGCAUUGCAGGCCUUCAUGUUCUUCCUGCAGCAGCUGGCCUGCAUCUGCUCCCUCGUCGCCUGCAUCGUCGGCAACAGCGAGCUCUCGGAGGUGGCGCACGUCAUCUCCUGCAUGUCCAACCUGGUCUACUGGACGGUUUGCUCGUGCAUGCAGGUAAUUUGCACGCCCACUUUCCAUCCAUGUCAGCUCAGCUUAGGUAUUCAGGUAAUCCCCUUCUUGAUUAUGUAACACUCACAAUCUUGGCAUACAUUGCCAUGCAAACAUCAGACGCAGCACAAGGUGGAGAUGGACAAGAGGGACGGCACGUUGAACACCAUGUCUGCGCCCCCGAUGCAGCAGAUGUCGCGUUGGUAAACGUACGUGCCUCCGAGUGAGAUUAUGUGACGCUUCUAUGAGCGGAGCCGGCCCCGUCUCAAGCCGGAUUUAUAUGGAGGGUAGCUGCUGGAGGCUACCAGCCAUCUCGUACUCUGGUUAGGAGGACGAUUCAGUUUUUCAGAUUUGGGUGCGAUACCAUGGCUAGUGUGUGUAAACUAUGUCCGAUCCCCUUUGUUUGGGCGAUUUUUCGUGUUUAUUGACUUGUGUUUUUCAUUAGGGAAUUUUGAUCCUCGUCUGCUCUUUCUGUUUCUGAGACAUUGUCAUCGCCUCGGUACAGUGGCGGAGCUCACAAUGAUACUGGUGGCAACUUUCAAUAC